UUUUUUCUUUAAUUAUAAAAAAAAAAAAUCGAUGGUUUAAAGCUUAAGCCUUUGAUAUCGAAAACUAGGGAGUCCAGGCCUCUAGGGCGCAUUUUCUGUCACUGCAUAAAGGCGACAAACAAAAGUCCUCACACAACCACCACCCACCGCCUCCAUCGUCAAACAUGGCUUCUUCUUGCUCACUGUUCCACUCAUCUCUCGCCUCCAAAUCUAAGUUACCAUUGCUUCAUCAUCAAAACCACCCCAAAUUCAAUCGGCCUACCCCUACUGUUAUCUCAUGCACUUCCUCUUCCACAUUCGAUCCUUCCGCGGCCACCAGUUCCUCUAACAACAACUCCCCUUCUCCCCAAAAGAACCGACGCCUUGCCGAUGAGAACAUCCGCGAUGAGGCUCGCCGCCAUCGUUCCACCGCCAAGAACACCUUCUCCGCCAAGUACGUUCCCUUCAACGCCGGACGCGACUCCAUUGAGUCGUACUCGCUCGACGAGAUCGUUUACCGGAGCCGUUCCGGCGGAUUGCUCGACGUUCAACACGACAUGGAGGCUUUGAAGAAGUUCGACGGCGCGUAUUGGAGGGAGUUAUUCGAUUCGCGAGUGGGGAAAACCACGUGGCCGUACGGGUCAGGAGUUUGGUCCAAAAAGGAAUGGGUUUUACCCGAGAUUGACCCGGACGACAUCGUUUCGGCUUUCGAAGGGAACUCCAACCUGUUUUGGGCCGAACGGUUUGGGAAACAGUUUUUAGGGAUGAACGAUUUGUGGGUUAAACACUGUGGAAUCAGCCACACUGGCAGUUUCAAGGAUCUGGGAAUGACCGUUUUGGUCAGUCAAGUUAACCGUCUUCGCAAACUGAAACGACCCGUUGUUGGAGUUGGCUGCGCUUCCACUGGUGACACGUCGGCUGCCUUAUCCGCUUAUUGCGCUGCCGCUGGGAUUCCUUCCAUCGUCUUUUUACCGGCGAACAAAAUCUCCAUUGCUCAAUUAGUUCAACCGAUUGCAAACGGCGCGUUCGUUUUGAGUAUCGAUACCGAUUUCGACGGUUGCAUGAAGUUAAUCCGGGAAGUUACCGCCGAGUUACCUAUUUACCUUGCCAAUUCAUUGAACAGUUUAAGACUCGAAGGGCAAAAGACGGCUGCCAUUGAGAUUUUACAGCAGUUUGAUUGGGAAGUUCCAGAUUGGGUCAUUGUUCCGGGUGGUAAUUUGGGGAAUAUUUAUGCUUUUUACAAAGGUUUUAAAAUGUGCCAAGAACUAGGGCUUGUUGAUAGGAUACCUAGAUUGGUUUGUGCCCAAGCAGCCAAUGCUAAUCCACUUUAUUUGCAUUAUAAAUCAGGGUGGAAUGAGUUCAAGGCAGUUAAGGCAAAUACUACAUUUGCCUCAGCUAUUCAAAUUGGUGACCCUGUUUCUAUAGAUAGAGCUGUGUAUGCUUUGAAAAAUUCAAAUGGGAUUGUUGAGGAAGCGACUGAGGAGGAGUUAAUGGAUGCCAUGGCGCAGGCGGAUUCUACGGGGAUGUUUAUUUGCCCUCAUACUGGAGUUGCAUUAACUGCUUUGAUUAAGCUUAGGAAUAUUGGGGUUAUUGGAGCUGGGGACAGGACUGUUGUGGUUAGUACAGCUCAUGGAUUGAAGUUUACACAUUCUAAGGUUGAUUAUCACUCGAAGAAGAUUCCGGAUAUGGCUUGCGGCUUUGCUAAUCCGCCCGUGCAAGUGAAGGCGGAUUUUGGUUUUGUUAUGGAUGUGCUGAUGAAGUAUUUGGGAGAUAAAGCUCCAAAGCACUAGGUGGAGCAUUUUAUCAGGAUUUGUUACGAUUGCCUCAAUAACUUGUUCAAUAAAAGGUUUAUGUAUGUGGCUUCGGGCGAUCUGACAUGCGAGCUAGAUAGAUG